GCCCGAAAAAUGUCGUCGGAAACGAACGAUGAUUUGCUUAGCUACGAGUUGGGCUGCGACGAUCCGGCCAUCCUUAACGAGGAUGAGCUGCUGCUAUCGGACGACGAGGGCGGCAUCAAGCUUGAUCAGCAGGACGAAGAGUUUCUGCUGAGCGAAUCGGAAGAGUGGGUGAACCGGCAGCUUGCGGCCCGUGAAUCCGGUGCGAACGAAAGUGCUACGGAACAGGACACCCCGACGGUGGUGGAGUCGGCGGCCCCCAGGGAUCCACCUAGGCGAAGGGAAGAGAAAGUAGAUCGGGCCGAGGACUGUAAUGAAGCCAGUGUAGAAGUGGAAAAUGGGAACACGGAUGUGCUGGAGCCAUACCAUCCCGUGGAGCCAGCUAUCACUGAACCAGAAACCAGUAGCUACGAUGAGCAGCAUGAUGUGGCUUACGAUAGUCGCACGGAAGCGUCGUUUGCUACUACGACAGACACUGACGGUACCGAGGCGGACAGUGGAUCCGUGUUGGCUACCUCACAGGACACCGAGGCAACCGAGUCGACCAACCAAACAUCAUCGAAGCAAUCGACAGAAUGUCCAUCAAGUAGGCAUUCGUCUGAGGAUGGCAGCCGGGCAAUGGUAGGAUCCCGAUCAUACGGAUCUUCAGGAAACUCGGCAAGAGAUAAUAGCGGUGCAGAAGCAAGCGGUGGAACGGUACGAUCGGACCGGUUAACGGCGAGCCAACAGUGUGAUACAACAUCAUCGGAAGAUGUGAUCGAACCGUACACUGGCAAUAGUAGUGCCACCGUCGAGCUAGAAUCCUUCUACGACACGGACGAAUCGAGUGAGAAGCGUGGCUGGAAGAAUGAAACGAAAACGGAUGCUCGGAAUAGUGCCGGGCAACAUCAGCCACCGCAGCAUCACCACCAUCAACAGCUGCUGCACCAUGGUCCACCAGGAGCAACAGCAGCAGCAGCAGCAGGUCGAGCACCACCACCGGGUAGUAACUUUGGCAAACCGGGCAUGAAACCAAAUCCACUGCUACCGCCUGGCAUCCAGCAGCAACAUUCCGGCAUGGGUAAUCCACUGCUCGCACCUCACGGUCUACCGAUGGGCUUUCCGCUUGGCUUUCCUCCCGGUGGUGCUGGUGGCCGGAUGGACUUUCGACCCGGAAACAACAGGCCACGGUUCUCGGCGAGACCCAACUUCCCGCCAGACAUGAACCAUCCGUUCCGUGCAAUGGAACGCAUGAACUUUCCACGUGGUGGCCAUCCGGGUCUGGGACCACGCGGUAUGCCUGGCAUGCUGGGGAAUCACGGUCUCGGACCGGGCGGUCCUAUGCCACCGCAUCGUGGAUUUCCACCGCGACCUCAUCCGUUCGAUAUGAUGCGACCCGUGCGUCCAGGUGAUCGAGCAGCGUACCGACCGAUGGGUGCUGCCAAUCCGGCCAACCCGAUGUACCGUGGAGCGGCACCACUAAAUGGCCCAGCAGGUGGCGCAGGAUUACAGCCAGGAGCAGCAGGUCUCAGGGCAGGCCCAGGGCCGAAUGGUGGCCCACCGUUCGGUGCGGGAACUCAGAUGCCUACGGGAGUAACGGUCAGUUCGGCGGCUAAUACGAUGGGUGCAACAUCAAUUCCGCAAUCACUAGUUUCUGGCUCAUUUGACCCGAUGUCCGUCGGUGGUGGUGGUGGUGGUGGUGCGAAGGUACUUCAAGCAGCUGCAAUUCCACCGGCCGUUCCCGUAGCACCGUUCCCGCAGAAAGUUCUUAUCAACCCAAACUUUAAAGGGGGUGUUGAGGCUGUUAAGAAUCAAAUGAUGCGUGAUGCUGUACUCAAUGCGCAGCAAUUUGGUGCGGCCAGCUCCGUUGGUAAUGCGACUGUAGCCGUGGCCGCUGCUGCGGCCGCCGUCGCCGCCUCCGCCAGGAACGUUAGUGAUGAAGAGUUGCUGCGCCAGCAAGAAGAGUUCAUAAACAAGAACCGGAUUGAGGUGGAGAAGCGUCGCCACGAGCGAUCACCAUCGAGGGAACGGGAUCGGGAUCGAUCGCGCGAACGAGAUCGCGAACGUGAUCGUGCACGGUCUCGGGAACGUGAACGAUCGCGUGAACGAGAGCGUGAAAGGGAGCGUGAUCGGGAACGUGAGCGUGACCGGGAACGAGAAAUGCGUGGCCGCUCACGCGAUCGAGACCGGGAACCGUUGCGGGCUCGGUCACGGGAUCGCGAUCGAGAGUAUUCACCACGGCGGCCGCACCAUCGGGGAGGCGGAAGCCGAGAGCGCGAACUGGUGGGCAGACCGGGACGGAGAGCUGCCGGCGGUCGGGGUCGUGAUGGGCGCGAGUGGGAUGAAGAUGGUCGGUUCCCGAAUCGUCGACGAAGCGGUGAUUACGCAGACAACCAUCGGGGUAAUCACGAGCGUCAUGAUGAUGAUGAGGAUCCGGAAACGCGAGCGUAUCGUAUCGAGAUCGAGAAGCAAAAGGCUGCCCGGGAGAAGAUUCUGCGCGAAAAAGAGAUGCGCCGGAAGCGGGCAGCUGAGGAGAAGACGAAAAGUCGAUCGAAUGAGAGUAAACCUCACGAGAACACACCACCCAAGCUCACGCCCCUGGUUGUGACGGAAAAAAAGAUCAUUACGUUGAAGAAGAAAUCGGACCACAGCGCUGUGGCCACAUCGAGCCAUGAUGAUGAACCCCGGUCCGGGCGUCAAUCCGAACGGAGCAACAACAAAGCGGACGAUCACCGUGCUGCCGGUGGCCGAGCAAACGAUCAGCACGAAUCGAAUGAAGCCACCACAACCACUGUCACCGUAUCCGGUACGAGCUAUGAUCGGCAACGCCACAACAGCGAUCUGCACUCGGAAGCCGUGGAGCUCGAUAUUCUCGAGGAACUGUUGUUGCGGGAACCAACGCCUGAACCGAUGACGCCAACGAAACCGAAACCGGUGGUAACGACAGCGACCACAAGUCAGGUGACGACCACUAGCCCUUCGACGGCUUCCAACCGUACCGUCGUUUCAACAUCGUCGAGCAGCGCAGGAAGUAGCACCUCGAACUCGACCUCGACCAGAGAACGCAGCGGUGGCAGUCGUAGGAUCGUCCUGAAACCGAUGGCAGCGAGUUCCAGCAGCAGCAGCAGCACCAGCAGUAGAGCAGUAGCAGCAGGAUCGUCUGGGCGAGGACAGCAGCAACAGGACCGGCAGGAUGCGGCUAGCAGCAGUGGCAGCAACAAUCAACACCAGGUGUCCUCCGGAAACAGUGGCAACAACAAGCGACCCAUUUUUGAUCGACUAGCCGGCCGCGUCGGUUUACACGAAUCCGGUAAACAAAAGAUUCAAAGGUUAGUCAAGCGUAAUUAAGCCCUUGUAAGUUUGCUGGCCACGCAUAAUUAGCGAACCCAUUGCCGCUGACACAUGCGCAUAGCUCUGCCGUUGUUUUGCUCUAUCUUCUCUAUCUGUGGAGAAGAGGGUAAUUAUUGAAAAGGAUAGGGAACUUUCCCUUCGUCUUCGUCUCUGUUUCAGCUACCCUGAGUGCCGGGUAGCCGCCCAGCUCAUGAAAAUCGAGUGUACAGCAAACAUAGAUCGAUAAGUAGAAAUAGCAGCGAACAAUUACACUUAACACAUUAAGGCGUUCUGAGCCAAACGAACGAGAUGAACACGACCGGUCACGCCACUCGUUCGAGCGUGUUUUAGAACGGAACUCUUGAUCGUUAUCCAUCGCCACAGAUAAGACACACACUAUAGGGGCACACGCUGAUGCACGAUUGACGGGACUGUUACUGGCAUUCUAGGGCCUCCCAAGUGUGUCUCCAUUAGUGUUAGGAUACGUUUUCUUUUUUUACUCACUCUUUUCGUCGUCUUUUUUAAGUAACUGUUUUAACCCUGGUCACGUGAUCAAUCAUGAGCAUGAAUUCGAUAGUAGUGCGAACGGUUGCUAUGACAAUUUCCCCAUUUUUUUUAUUCUCUAGUUUAAUAAUUUUUGCUAUAAUGUUACACAUACCGUCUGUGCGCAUCAAUGCGUUGGUAAGAAAUGCUUCUUGAAAAAUAAGAACUUUGACAAUUUUAUCCUGCUGACUAAUCAUGAUGUCGUUUCGAAAAGUUUUCCUUUUGUUUUUACCCGUGUUUCCGUACCGUAUACCACCCCUUUUCCAGACUAUUUACGACACUUUCUUGUGCGAUGCUUUGCACUAACUUUGCAUUAACAAUAGAUACUUCGUCAUACUAUGGCUACGGCAAGAAGCGGCGGCGUGUCGCUUUUGUUUUUAACGCCUAGGAUCACUGCGUUAAGCCGUCGUCAAUGAAUUGUAGAGAGCAGUAGCAUCAUUAAUUGCACGGAUACACUCUUUUGACUUGACGUUCACAUGUGCAAACAAGAGAGUAAGAUCUUACUCCCGUUGUAUGUGAAAAUUUCGUGUAUCAACUUAGGGAAGGGCAAAUGUUUAGGAAAUAGUAUGAUGUUGAUUGCAAUAGCGAUGCAAUACUUUACUGUUGAACGUGCGCGGACCCGAAUGUGGCACGAACGAAGUGAGUAAUACAAAAACAGCACAGGUUGGUGGCCAAAGCAUUCAUUUGUGGUUUACAUUUUUUGUGCGGUAGUCGUUUUAGAUUUCGAGUAAUAGUACGAAGGGGAAGCAAAUGCUUAUAUUAAAUUAGAUGAGAGCGAAAAUAGAUGAUUCUCCAAACAACAAUAACACUCACAUUGCUACCGCUACUGGAGUCGGUAGCGUGGUUCUGUUCUGUUAGAAAUUCUGCUUUUGCGUUGUGUGAACGCUAUGAGUAACGUUUAUAAGGCAUAACGAUGCACCACUUUCCAACUAUGAACCUUAUCAACUAAGAUAACCAAUAAAAUAAUAAAUUAUCACAAACUGUUCACGCAAAGAGCUAGUGACACGUGUGAGAUGAUGGAGUACGACGGUUCAGUCUCUCCACGAAACAGUACAAUUGCGAUCGUGCAAGUGGUUUUUAUUCUGUAAAUAAUAGUGAGUGCUUCCCUCUAUGCGCAAGACAGGGGAAAGCGGAAGUCAAUAAGCGUGCCGAGCGUGCUGAUUAAGCGAUAAGAAGGUAGACUGGGUCCACCAACCAUUACCAACGCGUCGUUAUCUCGUUAUGAUGUUCUUUUUCGGUAGAAUUUAUUUCGGUUUCAAACAUGACUUUAGUUCAUAAGCAUCCAUCCACCGGACGCGGAUGGAAAAAAAAGCCACGUGGCUAAUCACAAACUGACGACAAAUCGAUAGAAAACGCGCGAUUUUGGUGGUGAUGAAGACGCGUUGUCGUGCAUUAUUCACGCGAACUGUAACAAUAGUACAAAAUAGUCUGCCUAGAGAGAACGGAGUCCACCAAGUGGAAUGGAAACACCCCCGGGAGGAAUCGUGUAGUAGCUUUGAGCAGGUGUAGGAAUCGAAAAACCCGUUAUAGAAAUCUCCUUAAGUCCGUUUUAUCUUACGGAUUAACUGCAUUUACUAGUCCACUUGCUGGUGCUUAAGAUGGUAUCGGUAGUUUGAUUUUACAUUUUAGGUUUCCGUUGAUACAGUAACGUUAAGUUAUGCAGCUAAAGUCGAAGUUAGUAGUGCACGUAGUGUUUGCGCGACACGAUCCUCGUGGCCGGCGGUGCCUGAUCGAAUCGACGCUACUUUAGAUGUAAAUGCUUGGAUCGUAAAGACGAAACAAGGCUGAAAGCCUGUUAGUGGUAUACUAGGCUAGCCAAGCUUGUCGCAAACGGAGUAUGCCUUGCUACGCCGGACGAAAGCCGGUGAUACAGUAGAAAAUGACAGGGUUCGCGGGAAAAUACGUUGUUAAAAUAAUUAAAUCGGCUUACACUGGUUGCUGUUUCAUGACUGGGAUUAGUAUCGUGAAAGCGUUGCGAUGGCAACCAACACGGUACUGUAGGCGACAAAACGUGAUAGCUUCGUUGGUUUCCUUCUGUCUGUUUCUCUCUCUAUCUCUCUGUUUCUUUCUAUCUCUCUGUAUCACUCUAUUCUGAAAUGAUAUCGUUCUCCAUUUACUCCAUACAAUCUCAUUCUUCCGUAGAAAGGCUCUAAGACGUUAAGAACGGUGUCCUCGUAUUAGGCUUCUUUUAACGCGUUUUACACUACUUUAGAUGAAAGAAGUGUUGCCAUAGUCAGACCUCUAAGCCCAUACUUGUCCCUGUAUUUUAAACCCUCACCAGAAUUCCUUAAUCAUAGCCCAUCUUGUCCCACCUCCCUCCCAUCGUUCUCUGUUGCGAGUGGUUUGAUCUCAAAUUUGCUCUUGAUCGUUUUCUGUUAAAGUUUUUUUUUUAUUUUGAUCGUAUAAUACAUUCCAUUAUUCUAGCCACAUGAUCGGGGGAAUUACAGAUGGGGGUAAUGGGGUUUUUUUUCUUCUUUAAAACAUAAAACAGAUCUCCUCAAAAAGAUGCGCACUCGAAAACGCCAAACAUAC